AUGGCUUCCGCAGAAAUAUGCCUGUUCAAAAAGUGGUCCUAUGAGGAUGUAGAUAUUUCAGAUUUGUCAUUGGUGGAUUGCAUUGCUGUACAAGGCAAAGCCCGAGUGUUCACCCCUCACACUGCUGGAAGAUAUCAGAAACAAAGAUUUCGUAAGACUCAAUGUCCUAUUGUGGAGCGUCUUGUCAACUCCAUGAUGAUGCACGGCAGAAAUAACGGAAAAAAGCUGAAGGCUAUUAGAAUUGUGGAGCAUGCCUUUGAGAUAAUCCACCUAAUGACCGACAAGAACCCAAUCCAGGUCUUCGUCGACGCUGUCAAGAAUGGAGGUCCGCGUGAGGAUUCCACCAGAAUUGGUUCAGCGGGCGUAGUUAGGAGACAAGCAGUGGAUGUAUCCCCUCUUAGGCGUGUUAACCAGGCAAUUUAUUUAAUUUGUACUGGGGCAAGAAAUGCUGCCUUUCGUAACAUAAAGACGAUUGCAGAGUGCUUGGCCGAAGAAAUCAUGAAUUGUGCCAAAGAAUCCUCCAAUUCAUACGCCAUAAAGAAGAAGGAUGAAAUUGAGCGAGUGGCUAAGGCUAAUCGAUAA